AUGGCGUCUUCCUGCUCCUCCUCAGGUUCUUCCACUGGCUCCUUCCCCUUGGCGGACGAGGGCAGCGUUGUCCGUGAGGUUGUGGCUUCGCUGCAGCUGCCCCUGCAGCGACAGCAGGAGCUGCUCACGCGGAUACAGAACUGCGAAGAGGAGAUAGAGAAGUUGAAGCUCUACUCGUUGCGCAGGCCAAGUGGGGGCCUCCUGUCCCCAUCGGAGGCUCAAAAAGGCAGUGAGUGGAAGGCCGGGUGUAAGAACGGCGAGUUGGGCGCUGGGGCAGAAAGGAUGUGCGAUUACUGUUUCAAGGUGGCACGCUGCUGGCCCUGCCAAGAGUGCGAGCGUGAGUGGUACUGCAGUAGUCCUUGCCAACGUCUGCGGGAACAUGUGCACCGUCCGUUCUGUCGGCAUCGAAGACAGCUGAGGUGA